GAAUCCUGUGCGUGAGUAAUUCCGGGAAGCUCGCCUUACAACUGCGCGCGGCUCCAGCCCCCUUCGCCGCCUGCCCCAUAACAAAACUCGGAGCGGCGCUGCGCGGAGCCGGGUUCCUAGUGAACUGCGGUCCCGAUCGGAGAGGAGUGGGGCUCGAGAGCGGCCAAGGACCGCCACCGCGACAGCCGCGACAAGCACGCACUGAGCGCCGGGCCUGGCGGAGAGCGCCAGAGAGGAGCCCAUGCCAGUGGGUGGGCCGUCUGCAGGAUGUCUCGGGUGUACAGCAAGGGGCCAGAGACAGAGACAGGAAGGCCAUGGCCCUCGGCGGCGGGGCAGCCGUCAUCUCCCUGAGAAUGAGCUCACAACUGGGUCUCCAAAGAACACUAGGAACCUCAGACCUGGAGUUGGCCCUGCUGGCUUCCCCAGGAAGAAGAGGAGCCUUGAGGGCGGGGCCCCCCGGGUCAGGCAGACUGGUGGCAGCGGGCUGUCCUUGCCUUGUGUCCUGGAAAACUGGGGCCUGCUGCUGGAAGCCAAAAGCCAAAGGUCUCCAGCCCAGAGGUCAUCUUCUGCGAAAAUGGCUGUGGAUCCCUUAUCUAGCAAAGCCCUGAAGGUCAAGCGCGAGUUGAGCGAGAACACGCCGCACCUGUCGGAUGAAGCGCUGAUGGGGCUGUCGGUGCGCGAGCUGAACCGCAACCUGCGCGGGCUGUCGGCGGAGGAGGUGACGCGGCUGAAGCAGCGGCGCCGCACACUCAAGAACCGCGGCUACGCGGCCAGCUGCCGCGUGAAGCGCGUGUGCCAGAAGGAGGAGCUGCAGAAGCAGAAGUCCGAGCUGGAGCGCGAGGUGGACAAGCUGGCGCGCGAGAACGCCGCCAUGCGCCUGGAGCUCGACGCGCUGCGCGGCAAGUGUGAAGCGCUGCAGGGCUUCGCGCGCUCCGUGGCCGCCGCCCGCGGGCCCGCCGCACUGGUGGCGCCCGCCAGCGUCAUCACCAUCGUCAAGUCGGCGCCGGGCCCAGCCCCUGCUGCUGACCCCGCCCCCUGCUCCUAGUACCCGCCCCCACCCCACCACACCCCUCGGAGGCCACUCCCUUCUUCAAGUGCCUGAGUUCCUUCUGCUUCCCAUUCCUUUCCUCUGCCACUCGUUGUAGUGACUUCACAUUCCUUUCCUGGGCUCUGACUCUUGCAGGCCCCCAAACUGGGACCUGAUGGCCCUGGGGAGGGGCAACUUUGCUAAGUUGGGGGUGGGGGGAGGCGUUAGGGUUCUAAGUUUCCCUGGGCUGAAAGUCCGGCUCAAAUUGAAAAUGAGGUCGUGUGGCCAGAAGGAGAGCUGGUGGAAGAGGCUUUGGAUUGUGCCAGCAUGCCCUUCCGACCCUCCCAGGACCCAGGACUAGGUGUGGCCUUGUGAGACUGUCCUGCUGGGAAGCAGACCUCCCAACUGUGCUUGAGACUUGGGAAUGCCAGGCUUUCCCAAGCUAAGAGUCUUUGGAACGGAUCAAUGGAGCUCAGUUGACACAUGGGGAAGCUGUCAGGCAAAACGACCUAAGGCCACUGAGCACGGAAUUGUUGAGCUGCAAACCCAAGUGGGGCCUUCUUACAGCUGCCUUAAUGAACAUUCCAAGCGUGGCUUUCACAGGGGGAACAGUACCCCGGGACUGAAUAACAUGGUAGGAGAGCCUCCCGGGCCUGGGAGACAGCUGUGUGGUGGGGAAAGAAGCUGAAGGAGAGAGAAGGUGACACAAAGGGUUGAGGUGAGGAGCUGGCCAGCCAGAGAAAGAUGGAUGGAGACGACCACUGGUAGAGAGAGGCAAACACUACAGUCCUGAUGCAGGAGAAUGGGGUGGGUGUGGGGUGACCUGGAGUUACGGCUUCCACUUUGGUCCAGAGUAUCUGUGGUGGUCUGAGGGUGCUGAUCACUGUCCCCCUGGGAAGUCCAGCCCUAGCACCUUCCCAACACUGUAUACAGCUGACUCUUCCACACUCUUAUUUAUUGCACGAAUCUAAGUUAUUCUCACCAGCCAGAGUCCAGCUCCUCUUCCCUGGGAAAUACGUGGGCCCUGAGCUGGACUUAUAUUUUAUAUCUACAAAUAAAUCACAUUUAAUCUUAUAUUUAGGGAGAGCUGGGUGGCAACAAUAGGUUUUUUUUUUAAAAAAAAAAAAAAAUUUGCGCAGCUCCCAGAGUUUAUUUAUUUUCUGACUUCAAGUGAGCCAGUUAUCUGCCUUGAGUAUUUUGUAGACUUUCUGAAUAAAGUCAAGUUCUCUUUUUCCACAAGA